ACCCACGUGACCCUGGCGUCAGCCCCCGGGUUCCCCCCCUCCAGGGCUUCGGACUCGCUGCCGUCACUUCCGGUAACGUCAGACUCCGCCUCUGCUGACCGAGGACGAGCGGCGGCUGUUGGUGGGGCUGCGAGGAUUCGUUGGUGCCCGCCAGCCGAUUUCCUGAAUUUCAUCAUGGCUCGUGGACAACAGAAAAUACAAGCCCAGCAGAAGAAUGCUAAGAGGCAAGCUGAAAAGAAAAAGGGAGGAUCUGAUCAAAAAGCAGCAGCAAAGGCAGCACUUGUGCACACAUGUCCGGUCUGCAAAACACAGAUGCCAGAUCCUAAAACCUUCAAACAGCAUUUUGAGAGUAAACAUCCUAAAUCUCCUUUGCCUCCUGAACUGGUGGAUGUUCAGGCAUAAACAAAAGCACAACUUGGACUUGGACUUGGAAUUCUGCUGACAUGAUGCACUGAAACCUACUACACAAGGCCUGGAAAAGAUGAAGAACAUUCAAUUCUUCAACCUUUUCAAUUUCUACUUACUACUGAACUUUGAUGUUUAAUCUUUUCAUGUUUUGGGACAAGGAAGCAUUGAAGAUAUUUUUUGUUUGGGCAUUACAAAGGUGCCAAUUCUUCAAGUGGGCUGGGUGAAAAAGUGGUACAGAUCUCAUGAUAGAUUAGUACUAAUAUUAACUUGUCUCUUCACUACUUUUAAGCACUGGCAUCAUUGUGAUAUUAGUACUGCUGGAGUCUGUUACAAAAAUACGGGAGUUUGAAUCUGUGGCUUACAGCUAUAGUGGUUUUGCGAGAACCACUAUGGGUGAAUACUGUGUUGCUAGGUUAGAUUACUGGCCUGUGACUAAAAAUUCCUUAACCUCCCUGAGUGCAGCCCAGUCAGCCAUAUUAGCAUAUGUAUUCCUUGUACAGCUUGUGUUCAGUACCUUCUUUGUAGAAGGGAUGUUGCAAUAUAUUAAAAAUUGUAUCCCUGUUGCAAACAAUGAUAAUUGUGAUCAAUCCAUAAAGAUAAUAGGGUCUAUCUCACUGGAUGCUCCCAGAUGAUUGCAGGACAAUUUAUUCUCAUGACCACCCUCUUUUGAUUUACCUUCUGUUAUUUUCAGGAAAUCAAACAGAUUUCAUGAGCUCCAUGAAUCAUAUUGUAGGGUUCCCAACAGUUUAUCAUACAUUAUUGUACAGACAUCAGAUACUUAAAGCAGUCUUUUGAAGGAACACAAUCUCUUGAAGCUUGUGUGCUAAUUCAUAGGAUGUCUGAGCUUUACAGACAUUGUUUUCAAAUCAUUGCUUUAUAGCUACAAUUUGUGGAGUUAACAUCUUGUUGGAAAACUAGUUUGUAUAUAACAAAUCUAUUAACUAGUUAUGGUUUUAUGAAUGAAACUUGGUUGAAGCGAAUCCUCAAUAUAGAUAGAAACCAAUUAUCACUGACUCCCAAUUCCUAUUUGAAAUUACGAUACCUAAGAUUGCAAUAGCUUGUAUUUCACCUGGACAUGCUUCUAGUCCUUAGCCUUAUUUUCUCAGUUCUGUAGCAAUCUUGCAUAAUCAUACAUACAGUAUUUUGUGAUUUAACUGGAGCUCACUGUAAUUUCAAUAAAUAUCAAAAGCACAUUUUCUUAUAGAAUGGCUCAGAACCCCUUUAUUUUAAUGUUUAAAUAUCAUUUGUGGCAUUGCUUGACUCAUCGUUUCCUACAACAUGUCACCCUUGAUCAUAGUCUUCAAAAACUUUUCUGGAUUAAACUAAGCCUAUACUCUAAAUUAUAGUCCAAAACUGAGUUUCUUACAACUAUGCUUUAGUUAGAGAGAUCAGCUAUAGUAAGCACAGUGAUGAAGCAAAAGCAAUUUUCCAGUGAUAAUGUGUUGUGAUUUCAGUAGAGUCUUUAUUUUGAGGAAUGCAGUUAGUUGCUUCAAGUGAAUAGAAAGCAACUUUGAUCACUGUCUUCUGAGUUGCAGCUAAUAAGGAAUUAAGGACACCUUGUUUCAUAACACAAUGCAUCCAACAUAAUUAAUUUGCCAGGUUCAAUGAAAGAACUUUUCCAGGUCGGCAGAGUUAUAAGAAAAUUGGGUAGAGAUUACACCAUAACCAUACAGAUACUGAAAUUACUGCAGUUAGAUUUUUACUUUUCCUGCUGGUGUUUGGGUUCUAACUAUUAUUACCAAUUUUGUCUCAAGUUGUACAACAAACUGGCCUUUAGUAUGGUCUCUGAUCAUCUAAAUUUCAAAAACACAGUUCUUCGCACUAGAAACUUAUUUACAAUUACUAUGACCUGUACCUACUGAGGACUUUGAAAUUAAUGUAUUGUCAGAUAUGUUACUGAAAUUCUAAACUAUUUUUGACAUGUUUUUUUUUCCAAUUUUCCCAUUGCAUUUCUCAAAGUGUAUUUAACAUUCUUGAAAUGGUUUAAAUAUUAUUACAUUUCCUUAAAUGCCAAAUGCUUAACAAAGGGCUUGUUUCAACUUUGUUUAAUUUGACUAAAUACAUUGUCACCUUU